CAAUAAAGAAAAAAUAAAACGUCACUGUCAAGUCAAAAACAAUUUUUGACGCAGUUCUCACAAGAAUGCCGUAAGAUUUCUUCAAAAAUGUUUAACAAAGUGUUUCAACGUGCUUUAAAAUUCCGUCUAAAAAAAUCUUAUCCGACUAACAUUUACGAUUUGUCGCGGGGUUCGGCCAUUGCUGUGAAAAGACCGUAUAGUGACGAAGUGCGUCGCGCGCAGGCGCAAACCGUAGCCGCGCCGGGACCUACAAUAUUCGACAAGAUUAUAUCGAAAGAAAUCAAGGCGGAUAUUAUUUAUGAAGAUGAUAUGUGUUUGGCGUUCAAUGAUGUGAAUCCUCAGGCUCCCGUGCAUUUCUUAGUGAUACCAAAACGCAGGAUUCCGCGUCUGCAAGAUGCGGAAGCUUCUGAUAAGGAGAUCCUCGGCCAUCUAAUGCUGGUGGCUCGUUCGCUAGGCGCUCAGAAGGCCCCAAGCGGGUGGCGUCUGGUGAUUAACAACGGUAGAGACGGCGCUCAGUCGGUGUACCAUCUUCACCUCCAUGUUAUCGGCGGUAGACAGAUGGGAUGGCCACCUGGCUAAUGGUAACCUGAGCGUCGUAACCGUUGGCUUCAUCAGCUAGUCUCUUACAUCUUUGGAGGGCUUUAGUUACUCUUCACUUAUGAAAUGUUGUUAUUCUCAAGCGAUUGUAUAUUACAUUAAUUCAAAAAGUUAUUCACUAACUUAUACACAGUUGGACAGAAAAGUUUUAGGUCUAAAACCAAUUUGGAUCGUGCAUGUCCGUUGCAUUCCGGACAUGUUUGCCUUUUUAGUCGCCAGUUUGCCAAAGAUCAAAAGAAGGUUUAAUGUAGGAAUCCGUAGAACGUAGGCAGAGCUCCGAUGAUCGGACGGAACACUCCAGAGAGACUGGCUUUUUGAAGUCAUUUUGAUAUGGUGAUAUCAAAAUUAUUACAAACACAAAUGAAUUAGCCUAUUACCUACGCGAUAUCUAAAACAGUGAAUUUUCAAACACCUUUCUGGUUUUUUAAGUUAUAACACAGUAGGUAGGUAUGUACACAUUUUAUUUUUUGCGUUAAAAUUAAAGUACUUUGAAACCGCAACAAGUGAUAUAUCUUUGUGUAAGCAAAGAUAUAUUUUACUUGUUUAUUAACAUAUUUUUAAAUGUUUUAUUGUGCUCAAACUAUUAAAGACAUUUUAAACGCCGAUAAGAAUCAAAUUCCUAUAAAUUAUGUGUUAAGCACAAAAUUGUCUUAGGAAUUUUCUGAUAAGAUAUAUUGCACAAAUGCGUAAUAAUGAAUGAAAAGUUUAAGAAUUUUUGAUCUGUUGAAGUGUAAUGUUUUUCAUGCUUUAAAUACCUUCAUAAAUUAAAUCUUGCAGACGAAUAAAUUCACUAAAUUUGUAAUUUUCAAAUCAUCAUUUAUCUGGUACAAAAUUAAAAAAAAUAUAUAAUUAAGUAUUAAAUGCCAUUGCCUUUUAGAUUUAGUGCAAUAAUUUGGCCAAAUUAGUUUUAAGAGUUUAGAUAUUAAUGUGCCUUUUAGUGCAAAAAAGUAUAUAUAAAACAAUUUCUCAAAAUAGUGUGUUUGAUAUAAUUUUAUAAUAAUUAAAAAAUAGUGUGGCGGUAAGAGUGGGAAAAGAUAUAAGAACUAACUUUUUAAUUUAAAUUGUUCCAUAAUCAGCACAUUGAGUGCUUCGGAUACGGCCCUCGCUGGCGUGGUCGGCGUUUUAUCUCUUUUCGCGCCUCUCGCUAUAGGCCCAUGUCAGGCGUUUUCUGUCAAACAUUAUCUCUUUGGCAAUGACGAACUUCCAUACAAAGUUACAUCCGCUAUUUCAACGUUUUCAACCCUAUUUCACGAUAAAAGUUAGGCUAUGUCCUUUUCCAAGGUCUAGUCUAUAUCUCUGUGUCGAAUUUCAUCAAAAUCGGUUCAAUGAUUUAGGCGUGAAAGCACAGUAGUAGUAAAGUAGGUAUUAUCCCAGUGGUAAAACAAUCCGCAAGUCACAAGCAAUCAGAAGAUAAUUGCAGACAGUUUUUGUACGAAGUCUUAAGACGCAUAUGCUUCCAAAACCAACAUCUUUUAAUUCCUACUCUUCUCUGCCAUACUUUACCAAAAUAUAAAGUGGCGUUUUGGUAUUUUCAAGAUUUUUGUAACAGGGUCAAAAAGGCCACAUCGAAGCAAUUCACCUAAACAGCAGUAUUGCAUUGCGCACUUACUUUCAUGUGCGCAAAUGUCAAAUAGCCAUAUUGCUUUUAAAUGAAUUGCUUCGAUGUGGUAUUUUUAAGCCCCCACUACGGCACGGCUAAUAGAAAAUUUCAAUUGUGUGUGUAUAUUGCCACAGUUUGAGCCCAAUGUUUAACUCUGAACAAACGGCGCGGCCAUUUUUGAUUAAAUAUAUUUAUAAAUUCCCGUCCAUAAUCCUUAAUGAUGCGGACAGAGCAACAAUUAAUCUGAAAACAACUUCCAGCUUUUGAUAUGAAGUCUCAAGAUAGAUCUGAUGAGCCGUACGCUGACAGGCGGUCAGCCCAUUGUCCAUAUAAUGGUUAGGAAGAGCACAAUCUGUCCUCUAUACUAAAAAUCUUUUUCGAUACCGCUUGGUACAAAAUUGGAGUCUCAAUUUAAAACUCAUAAUAUUAUUAUUAGUUUGUUAUAAGUAUCCUCCUUUCAAACACUGAAACUAGUCAGUAAAAACCUAAAAACAUAUUUUUAAAGAUCUUAGUAGUAUAGUGAAACACAUUGAGAAUCUGUCCUUUUCGAAUUAUGGCUUUGCCUUUUUUCUGGGCAAUUGAAAUAAACUCUAUUUUUUCUUUCGAUAAGAUGUUGCAUAAAUAAAAACAAAUAAUUAGGAGUUAAAAAAAUAUAUUUUUAUGAAUUUCCGUUAAAAAUAUUGUAAUAAAUGUCAAAAUCUGCUGGACAGAUAAAAAAGUCUUUCAUUAAUCUUAAAUUGUGCAAAAUAAAUGAUAUUGCAAUUUACUGUGUUAUGUACCUUAUAUGUUAAAAAGGGCAUAGCCUAAGAAUCUCAAAAAUAAGCCGUAUUAACAAUAGUCACAUAAAUCUAGUCAGAACAUACAAAAAAUAGAACAUUUUAUAUAAUGAAAUACAAUAUAGCAAACUAAUAAAAAAAGAUGAUUUUGUUUUUCAUUAAAACUAAGAAGACAUUUUCACUACUGUCUCCUGAACUAUUUUUUGGUAUUUUUGCAAUAGUCCUGUCUUUAUCGCACGCUUUUUGUAAUAGUAAGAGUAAACGGGACGGCAAACUGUGGUGUUUUUUUACAUACCUAAAUGAGAUAUUAUAAGAAAUUAUAAGAAUAAGUUUUACGUAGUACUAGAUGUCAUUUAAUUUUGUUUUUUCUUUGUUUAAAAGAUAUUUUGCGAAAGGUAAAUCAAUUUUGGGUAAUGCAAGGACCAAAAAAUAAUUUAAGAAAAAAAGUGUUCCUGUAAGGAGCCUUUGUAUCAAGUGAAAUUCAAAUAAGAAAAAAGCUACAUACACCUUUCGUAGAAUAUUCGAGUCACAUUUUAAAUUAAAAUGAGCAAAUUCUAUGUUACAAUGGUGCUCAAACACAAUUUUAUUAUUUUAAACCUGAAUUUACAUAACAUAAACAGCCUAUAUGCAUCCCACUGCUAGGCACAGGCCUCCCCUCAAUCAACCGGAGGGGGGAUGGAGCAAACUCCACCACGCCUAAACCUGAAUUUAAAGUUUAUUAAAUGGCAACAUAAUUAAAAGUAUAAUUUUUAUUUUAUUUUGAUUUGAUUGUUCUAAAAUUAGCUCUCUCCCUUUUGCACAUAUCGUAAUUCGUAAGUAAAGGACAGCCCUAUGGCUUUUUGGCGGGAACGUGAAUCGCUUGGUUGCUUUCUUCAUUGAAUAAUCUAAAUAAUUAAUACGAAAUGGUGUUUUGUGGUUAAUGGUCUUGUUAAGUUAAUCGGAAAACAUUCGCAAUUUUUAUACCGCAAUAUUGAAUAAAAAAGUGUACCUAUCAAUUUUCGCUUCGUAUCAAGAAGCCGCUUCAUUGCUCGAAAGUUUAUGCGUACUUUUGAGUCAAUUCAUUUGUUGUUGGGGUUCGGAAUAGGAGUCCCAACCCAGCCGGAGUUCAUCGUCAUCACCUUUUAUCAUUUCAUUAAUUUAAUCAUCAUUAAGAAAAAAAACACAAGACAUGGCUAUAUGGGCAUACUGCCCUUUGCCUAACCCUUAGGGGAAAACAAAAAGAGGACAGCCCUAUUUUUGGAACAUUCAAACGUGAUUCAAACAAAAAAGUAUCAAUGCCGUAAUCGAUAUUUGUUUUUUUUUAUUUAUAAUGUGACUCGCAACAAAUAGUUAUUUUAAGUUCGGUAGCGGGAGCGACGCAGUUACUCCCUAGUUUUUGUUAAACUUUUUAAAAACUAAAUCGGAGUAUGUUGAGUCGAUCACUUAAUGUUUAGAAUUUAAUUUUGUGUUAAAUUCUGUAACCAAAGGUUUAUUAAAUAAUUGUAGUAAUA